GGGGGGGAGGGUGCGUGCGCCCGCGCCGGCGCGUUUCCGUGCGCGUCCAUGCGGGUGUGUGUGAGUGCGUGUCCGUGAGUGCGGGCGGGUGCUGCCGCCGCCGCCGGAUCGGUUUCUCGGGGUUUGACCAGCUGUCCCAGGCUAACCCCCGUCUGGCUGAAGAUGGAGGAAGUAAAAACAGGAUUACCCUUAGCUACGGCUCCGCUGCCUUAGUUGCCGGGAGCCGACGGCCGCGCACACCAAACACAUCCAACCACCCCUCCAACUAGGGAGCCGACACUAAUAAAAAACACAAACAAAAGGGGGAAUGGAAGUGAUUCACUGCCUGCGCGGCUGAGCACUGCACUUUGACUAUGGAAGCAGAGGCUGCUGAUGGAUAUAUAACAUGUGACAAUGAGCUUUCGCCAGAAAGGGAGCGCUCCGGCAUGGCCAUUGACCUCACCUCCAGCACACCCAACGGGCAGCACACCUCCCCCAGUCACAUGGCAAGCACAAAUUCAGUAAAGCUAGAAAUGCAAAGUGAUGAGGAAUGUGACAGGAAGCCCCUGGGUCAGGAAGAUGAGAUCAGGGCUCAUGAUGAAGGAAGCAGCCUGGAAGAGCCCCUCACUGAGAGUAACGAGAUGGCGGAUAACAGAAAGAUCCAGGAGCUAUCGAGCGAGGGAGGAAUCCGGCUUCCGAAUGGUAAACUGAAAUGUGACGUCUGUGGCAUGGUUUGCAUUGGGCCCAAUGUGCUAAUGGUACAUAAGAGGAGCCACACUGGUGAACGCCCCUUCCACUGUAACCAAUGUGGAGCUUCUUUUACCCAGAAGGGGAACCUGCUGAGGCACAUCAAGUUGCACUCUGGGGAGAAACCGUUCAAAUGUCCCUUCUGCAGCUAUGCCUGCCGACGGAGGGACGCCCUCACAGGACACCUCAGGACGCACUCUGUGGGGAAGCCUCACAAGUGCAACUACUGCGGCCGGAGCUACAAGCAGCGCAGUUCGCUGGAGGAGCACAAGGAACGCUGCCACAACUAUCUGCAGAACGUCAGUAUGGAGGCUGCCGGGCAGGUCAUGAGUCACCAUGUACCUCCUAUGGAAGAUUGUAAGGAACAAGAGCCUGUGAUGGACAACAAUAUUUCUCUGGUGCCUUUUGAGAGACCUGCUGUUAUAGAGAAGCUGACAAGCAACAUGGGAAAGCGUAAAAGCUCCACCCCACAGAAGUUUGUGGGUGAAAAGCUCAUGAGAUUUGGCUAUCCAGAUAUUCCCUUUGAUAUGAACCUAACCUAUGAGAAGGAGGCUGAGCUGAUGCAGUCUCACAUGAUGGACCAAGCCAUCAACAAUGCAAUCACCUACCUUGGAGCUGAGGCACUUCACCCCCUGAUGCAGCACACACCAAGCACAAUUGCAGAGGUGGCCCCGGUCAUCAGCUCAGCUUACGCUCAGGUCUAUCAUCCUAACAGGAUAGAAAGGCCCAUUAGCAGGGAAACAGCUGACAGUCACGAGAACAACAUGGAUGGCCCGAUCUCCCUCAUCAGACCAAAGAGUCGAACCCAGGAUAGAGAGGGCUCCCCCAGCAAUAGCUGCCUGGAUUCUACUGACUCAGAGAGCAGCCACGAAGACCGCCAGUCCUACCAAGGAAACUCUGCCUUAAAUCCCAAGAGAAAGCCAAGCCCGGCUUAUAUGAAGGAGGACGCCAAGGCUUUGGAUGCCACAAAAGCUUCUAAGGGCUCUUUAAAGGAUAUCUACAAGGUCAUCAACGGAGAAGGGGAGCAGAUCAGGGCUUUCAAGUGCGAGCACUGUCGCGUCCUUUUCCUGGACCAUGUCAUGUACACCAUCCACAUGGGCUGCCACGGCUACCGGGACCCGCUAGAGUGCAACAUCUGUGGCUACCGAAGCCAGGACCGCUAUGAGUUCUCGUCGCACAUAGUCCGAGGGGAGCACACAUUCCACUAGGCCUUCUCAUCCAAAGGGGACUCGUAUGAAGUAGAAGAACUGCACAUGAAGAAAUACUGCACUUACAAUCCCACUUUUCCUCAGACAUUGAGAUGCCUAUUUUGUUGUUGUUGCUGUUGUUGUUGUUGCUGUUGUUUAAUUAUUAUUAUUAACCUUAUUUUUUUGUGGACCCAACCUCAUUUGCUCUGCCCAGCUUAAGAAUGGAAAGAAGGAAGGGAAGGGAUAAAAGAGGGGUUUGUUGUUGCCGUCACUUUCUGGUGAGUGACCCGCCUCACGUUCUGUGGGAAAUGAAAGGCAGUCCGUUUCCGUCUGUCAGCUGUACAUCGUGUCCUUUUUUUGAAUAUCGCUCAACCCUGCUAGGUGCUUCAAAGUCCCGAUGAGAUGCCACUCAUUUUCAAUUUCAGACAAAUAGGUAGAAACAUUUCAGAGGAGAGCUUUUUCCAAAUCUGUAGGUACGGCGUGGGGUUUUGGUAGCUGGAGAAGGGCGGGGGGGGGACUUUAUUCUGCAGAAUGAACAAUUAUUUUUGAAGCAAAACUGUUAGGGAUUUAGGAGCACGAAUCAAAGUCGAUAUUCCUUUCAAAAUUACUUUCUAGGGUGAGCUGUUUUCCUGGGUUCAGUGUCUAUUGCCCCUCUAGAAUGUAUUAAAAAACAAAAAAAAAAAAAAAAGAAAUGUAUGUCUUAACACUGUACUACAUCGCAGCAGUUUAGUUUCAUAAGUCUGAGGGCCUUCUGUGGUAAGUCUGAGGCUUUGUAUUUUUAUUUUCCUUAACUUAUGAAGCACCUUUUUUAGAACUGUUGAUUUGCUGUUACUCCAUGCCUAUGUGUUGACUCACUGGCUUCUUAGAGACCCUUGGGAGCCUUAUGUCUUUAGUUGCACCCUAUGUUUUAAGAAAUAGCAUUUAGAAAUAACAUUUAAAACUUGCUUCUAGGACAGUAAGUGGCCUAGGAGUGGGUGAGAGUCUGUAGUUUACUCAAGAGGUUCUGCUGCUCUUCUGAAAUAAUUUCGAUUUAAAAUUACGGAUUUUAAAAUGGCAGAAGUGCUAGUAGCAAAGUGUUCUUUAAAUAUAGGUAUAUAUAGAUAUAUAAUUAUAUGAAUACUUUCUCAUUCUGUUAUCACAGUGUUAACCUCUUGGCAGCAGCCUAAACUAAGACUUGCAGCUGGGAAACGGCUGGGAGCCAGCUCCUGGGCCAGCAUUAAUCCUCUUAGCUCCAUUGGAUUUAAUGGAACAACCCCAACUACUUCAGCUACAUCAGCAUCCGAGCCUUGACCGUUUCUCCUCUUGUUGACAUCUUAUUUGCUAAUUUGCUGAACCAGGGACUUCCUUUUGGUUUUAAGUCAUCGAUUCUGCUUUAAUUUAGGGGUGGAAGUGUUUGCAAGUUUUGGUGGAUAGCCUUUGCUCUUGGAGAGCAGAGAAGCCCGGCGAACAAACAGUAUGACCUUCCCUACUUCUUCAGAAAGUGAUACAUGGAGGUGCAGGUGCUGGGCUUUGAUUUAGAUUUGCAGAUUGAAUUUUUAUUCCUAAUUUAUUAAUUUCACUGCAGGGAAAACAAGUGGGGAAACAAACUCCAGAGCAAGUCCUUGAACUACAGACUGGACAAGAAAAAAACCCCACCAAUCUGUUUCGUUCCCUUUCUUUCUCUCCCAAUAAAUAACAAAGCCAGCAACCACCCAGCAAGUUGCAGGUUUUAUCAGUAAAAACUGGGCUUAAACCUACGUGACAGAUUGCCAUUGAAACCCAACUGUUUGUACCAAUCACAAUUGAAAUGUUGUUGUUUGGCAACAAGAGCACAGCUUGAGAAUGGAAAGAUCUGCAUGGGUUUAACCCCCUCUGUGCACGCCGGCUCCGUGCGCUUGGUGAGACCUUUUCCAACGUAUGAAGUUACUAAAGUACAAAAGAGAGAGCAAGAUCAGGCCAUAAUGAAUUCCCAUCUGCUCGCUUCAAUCUGCGUACUCGACGCAUAUGCCAGUUUGCUGUUCGUUUUGAGGGUAUUGGGUUUUUUCUUCUUCUCUUCCUAGACCUGGAGCAUUUGAAAGUAGGAGCUGAGUGGUAUUGAUUGAAAUCUUUUUAUGGUGACAUUCUUGGCAGCUAGAACCUGUGUUUAGAAAGGAUACAGUAGAUCAUGGCCAGAUUACCUGAUGACUGCUUCCCAGCACUGAAAUGCUAUUAAGUAGGAGCUGGUAAAGUAUUGCAGUAGCCUAUUAAUUAUAAUACAAUAUGGAGAGAAAUGUCAUCUUGUGUAAUGUGAGAGCCAUCGAGGCUGGGAAUAUACGGGCUUUGGAGAGACAGAUUUAAAGACCUAUUCCCAACAUUGUUCUUAAUGUCAUUGGGUUCUUCCCCCUCCUCCUUUCUUUGUCCUAAUGUAAAGGAAACUCAGGCAAAUCAGCCGCUGCCGUCCUCCGGACCAUUCUCAUUUUUUGUGCUUGGUGCAAUCAAAGGAGUUUGUGCUGGAGAAGAAGGGGGAGAUGCUGGAGGGCAUCGCUUUUAUCCCAUAUGGCUGAUUCUCUGCAGCUAGGAAGGUUGGCUUAGGAGGCGGCCAGCCAUGUUCUGCAUCAGGAUGUGCUUGGAAAUUGAGAAACGGGGGGUUGCUUUUACAGCGUGCCACCAAAAAAAAAAAAAGCAGUUAUGAUUUCUGCUGAGGCAGGGAAAGGUGUUUUAAGAGCAAUGUGCAAAGGGAAAGGUGGUAGGCCUGAAGGUCACACGGCUUGCAUGGGCCUCCACAAAGACACACAGCUGAGCCAGAGUUGCCGGCAAUCCCUUUCAGUCUCUGGGGGACUCUGUUCUCCUCUCUGCGGUCAGUGGGAAGAACGUGGCCUGUGGUUUCUUGGAAUAGUUAGCACUAGGGAAAAAGUGUUAAAAAAUUCCACCUGCGUUUGAGAAAGCACUGUAAUACAGGAAAGGCAGAGAAUCUCUUGUGUAUCCACAAAUAAGUUGGCUGCAGUUCGUUAGUUUGCACUUUCAUUCACUGACGAUUCAUUGAUACCUCCUAUAGUGUAUAUUACGUGGGCGUUUAAAAGAUCAGAUGGGGAGCCUCAGUGGUUUGUAUCUGCCUUCAGUUAAGCCCAACCUCUCGUUCCAAUGGUAGCGUGGAAGCUCUGUAUGUCAGCGCUGCCGUGUCCUGGUGUCACAGGGAGCUGGGGAGGCAGUGGGGGGACACGCUGCUUUAGCUGUCUUCCAAAAACUGCAUUUUUUGGAGAGCGAGAAGCUGAGGAGUUGCAUUAAUUUUUAUUAUCGGUGUUCUUUGCUGAGCACUCACUGGAGUUUUUCAUCCUAGAGCUAGGGAAAGGAGAAAGAUGAAAUUCAGUUCAAAUUUUGAACAAAGUUUUGGACUUGCAUUCACUUCCUACUGAAAAUUAUUGGAGGGCUUUAUAUAAAGCCGUUUGCCGCUACACGCAGGUGUGCAAAAUGAGGCCUCGGAGAUUUUUUUUUUUUUUUUUUUUUUUUUUUUGCUUGCUUGCCCUCUGCAGAUUUCUAAGAAAAGCUCUUGAGUUUUGUCAAGUUCAUUAGUCAUUCACAGUGUACUAGGAAUUUCAGUAGAUAAUCCUUGGCCUUGCGGAUCCAUUUGUUCUAAGUAUUUGGUGUUCGAAAUCGAACCUGGCUGACUUUUAUUGGACUUGCUUGAAAUUCUUGGAAUCAGGUUUCCAGUUAAAAACAUGCGUUUGCAAAUUUAGAAUUGGCUUCCAGUGAGCAUUCCCCAUUUUCAUUAAAAAAAAAAAAAGCCAUUUCUGCACACAUCCCUGCCAGUAAAUCCUUGCGCUUCGUUUUACAUCAAAAAUGGCAAGACUCUGACUCAAUUUAGAGUAUUGCAAACCUAUUAAUUGAAAUAGAAGUGCAACUGCUUCUUCUGCUCUUGGUAUGAUCCAUGUUCUUGGAGCAAAGGGCAUUAUCUAUAUAUCUGCUGUUAGGGCCAAUGAAUUUUACAGCCCCCUCUCUUUCGCAGGUGGUUAGGAGUGCACAUCAAAAUAUAUAGCAUUUUUCAGUAAAGCCAGCUCUUUUCUCAGUAACUUAUGGGAUUAAAACAAUUUUAUUCUCCUUAAAAAGUGCUUCCAUCUGUGAUGUGAUGUGAAAGGUGUCUAGGCAUUAACAUCUAUUGCUCUGCGCUAGAGGGGAAGAAUUGGAAGUUGUUAAUUGGCCUGAUUUUUGGGGGGUUUAAUGGUGGUAGUUUCUAUGAUGUGGGGACACAGCUCACAUGUGGAGCUAAAGUAUAUUUAGUAAAAGGGGAAGAAAUUCUCAGUUUUAAGAGUUUCCAGAUUUCUUUCUGGUUACGAGGGUAUUCCUGCAUUGGGGCUGUCAGGCAGAGGAGGCCAGGAAUUAAUCCAAACGCUUCCAAACUGGCCUUUAAUAGGACAUUGUUACUGUUGUCCAGGUCCUGAGCUGGCUUUUUCAUAUUCGACAGAACCCAGACAGCAGGCACUCCUUCCUCCGGAGAGAAACUUCGGAGAUAAUUUAGGGAAAGGUGCUUAUUUCAGCCAAGGGCAGGAGCCGCAGUAAUACAGUUCCUUUGCUAGAUAAUAUUUCUUUCCUAAACUCUCGCUGCGCAUUAUCAUGUGUCGGGGAGGGAGAAGGGAGGCUGCACCGGGACCCGAGUUGCCUAAACGCAGUGUGGGAUUUUAGGAAAAGUGUGAUGAAAUUGACUUUGAAUGCUAGAAAUGUGCAUCUUAGCUUGGCUUAGUAUCAUUUAAAAUCAGAAGUGGCUGGUAGUAAUGGCCUGCGGUCUAGGGAAGCUGGGGAUUUUGAGAAAGUAUAUUUAUAUAUAUGGUAUCAUAUAAUUAGAUACAUGCUUUAUUGUAUAUGUGCCUUUUUCAAAUGCAUUUUGGAAGUUCGUGAUGUCGUUCAUGAUAUCCUCCCGUACCUUUUCGAAAUGCAGGACAAAACCCAACCCAAAGCUCUGAUCCCUUCUCCGGCGGCGUGGCGAGGCAGAUCCCGCUCCUCUCCCGCACCCUCCUAGGCACCCUGACCCCGGGCGAGGGCCACCCUAGGGCUUUGCUGUGGGGUUUCCUGGACUCAGCUGGCUUUUAGGAGCAGGAAGGGCUGAAAAUUACCCAAGCAAAGUGCAUUCCAGCCAGAGCUGGUCUCGGAGCUGGUGCCAACCAACACGGCGUGCCCAGAGCGGCCCCGAGUCUUGCUGUAGAAGCCCCCCGGCUGCACUGUGCCCCACUCCUCGUCCCCGCCGCAGCUUUAAGUAAAUCCUGCUUGAAAAUGGACUUUGCUCCGCUUGUAAGUUCCCACGGAGGAACGAGAGCAGACUUUAAAGCAUCAGCUGCUUGCUUCAACCUGGAAAAAGAAAUCCAGCGAGAACAAAAGUCCUCUGGAAAUGGUUUGCGGGUUUGACUGUCGUGGUGCUGCCGCCCUAAUGACUGACCUAGAGAUGAGAGAAACCCAUCGGUAGGAGGUGUUAUUGGCAGGAGGGGGGGACGGUUAUUAGCUGGAACGCUUUGGUGAGAAGCGCAGUCUUGUUUCGGUACUUUCCUGGCAGGUUGGUGACCUAGUUUCAGAUCUGCUUAUUUACCCGGCGUGGCUGCAGCGGGUCAGGCUCAGCCAUGGAGCCCCUGGCAGGGGAGAAUUCCUGCCCAGCAGCCCCCUGCAGCCCCACGGCUCCUCGCUGGGGUCAGGGCCGCAGCCAUCACAGGGAGCAAGUGGCAGGAGGAAUUAGGAAUUGGGUAGAAAAGAGGCGGAAUUUGCUUCGUGGUAAAUAUAUUUCUUUUUAUCCCGUUAAGAGUUGUCCUGCAGUAUAGGCCCAGGAGAACGUCCCUGGUUUCUAAUGUAGGCUCCUGCAGCCAUGCCUGGAAGCGCGGGAUUUCUGUCCUCCUCCUCCCCUGAGGCGGACGCGGGACAGGCAGGAGGAGGUGGUGUGCUGACAUCUUGCUGUGCUGCACGCUUGGUAGGCCAAGUAACAUGAAAAAUUGUAUUUAUUUAAAUCAUUCAGCUUUUCAGUUGAUCAUGCAGACAAGCAUUCCUAGUUCCUGUUUGCUUCCAGCCUUCGGGAAGGUGGUUCUCGGUAUGAGGUGGAUCCUCAUUUGGGAGAAUGACUGCCCAUGCUCUCUCCUUCUAUAAAAACUUUUCCUUUCCAUACAAAUCAUGGGACCUAAUUAAUCUAUGGACAGAAACGACCAUUUCGACAGACUUACAUUGCUGUAGUAAAGCCUAAUAUUAUUUACAGUUACAAAAAAAGAAAUAAUACUGUGAUAUAUUUACUAGCAGCAAGUAUUUUAACAGAGUGAUGACGAAGUUAAUGGAAUCAUGUCCUGAGAGUGGCUGGCAUGGUGUGUGCUCUGUUGGGAGACCCAACACUUGGGCUGAUGCUGCUCCUUCCCGUGGCGGGUGUCACCUCAGGCCACGGCGCUGCAGCCCGGUAAAACAUUUGGGCGCACGGUGGCUCCUGCCGUCCCUUUGCUUUGAUCUGGAAGCGCACAGGAGCUUUGCAGUUAACCGCGUGCUUAAUAAUUACUCUCCUUUGCCAGAUCAGGGACUUACUUGCGAAUUGGUGGGGCAACGGCAGCUCUGGGUAGGUCUGGCUCGUCGGCACCGGGUGCCGGGGCUCUGCGGCCGAGGCGACUUCGCUUACGUUUGUGUAGUAGCCUUAAUCCCUUGCAGCGGGCGGUACGUGAAUACUGGCAGCCUCUCGUCUGUGUUAUCCAUGCCGGAUAAAAUACGGGCGCCUCCCGCAAGGUGUAGUUGGAGCGCAGGACUCGGUUACUGGCACAGCGAGGCCAGUUUGCAGUAAAUUGGGCCAUUUAGUUUUACCUCAAGUGACAUCGAAUAAGAAAAGCUUCUUGAAGGGGUGGAGGUCACCGAAUCCCCUACUAUGCACUUACUGGGAUUUGACAUUGCUUACUGGAAAUGGAUGUUCGUUUCUGAACACACUGUAACAAGGGAAGGACUUUUUGGUUAUUUUUGUAGUCGUUCAGAUUCUGAAACUGUGAUCAAUUAUUUGACGAAUUGUCAAGUGUCCUCAGAGCUUGAACACAUUCACUUCCUCGACCAUGUAGCAACCUCCUCUGGCUUUCCGUGCUUUUCUCCUUCUCUCUUCCCCCUUUUCCUUCUCUGAGCUUUAAGUCUGGGCCUGCUCUUAUCUCCUGUAGCUUCGGGCUGUCAAAGGGGUUUGGGGGUUGUUUUUGGGGGUUGUUUUGGGGUUUUUUUUUGGUUGUUUUUUUUUUUUUUCAUUGGCUGUACAGUCUGUUUACAUAUUUUUGUACUCAAGUGUAGUUUUGUAUUAAAAACAGGAAAAAGAAAAAAAGAUAGUUGAUUUGAGAAAAGAAAUAAUAUUAAGGUACGUACUCUUUGUAACACUUUAAAGAUCUAGGGUACCUUCCGAGAUGACUCCACAGUGAUGUAAUUAUAAUACUGUAUAUUUGCCUUCCUUUUUAGUUGGUUUUAUUUUCUGGUUGUAUUUUUUUUUCCUAAAAUGUAUAUCUUUUUAUGAGAAA